AUGCUCUUAGAUGCAGCCAAGUAUGUGGAAGACCGCUGCGAUGCUGUCGAUCUUAAUCUGGGCUGUCCUCAACAGAUUGCUAAGCGAGGGAACUUUGGCGCAUUUCUGAUGGAUGAUUGGGAUCUGGUAUUCAAACUCAUUAAUACGCUGCACGUGAAUCUCAAGGUGCCUGUCACAGCCAAGUUCCGCGUGUUUGACACACUAGAAAAGACACUCGCUUACGCUAAAAUGAUCCGCCGUGCUGGUGCUCAGAUUGUAACGGUGCAUGGUCGCACACGGGAAAUGAAAGGCCACAAGACGGGCCUCGCAGACUGGUCAAAAAUUCGUGCUGUGAAGGAAGCCCUCGAUAUACCCGUAUUUGCCAAUGGAAAUAUGCUAUACCCCGAGGACUGGCGCGACUGUCUCGCUUAUACAGGGUGCGAUGGAGUGAUGAGUGCGGAGGGCAAUUUGUACAACCCCACCCUGUACCAUCCUGAUGUGGGUCGCGAUUUGUCGGUUCUCAGCCAGCAAGGCGCUGAUCAUUCGUCGUAUGCACCACUAGAGAUUGUGCGCGUAGCACAUGAAUACCUGGACAUUGUGGCUGGAUUAAAGACACCUACGUCACCCAGCGCACUUAAGGGCCACAUGUUUAAGAUAACUAGGCCUGCGCUAGCCAUUCACACGGAUCUACGUCCGGUUCUUGGGAAAGCCCGCAGUUAUGAUGAGGUACAAGGGGAAGAGCGCGUCAAGGAGUAUCGCGAAUUUGUCCACGAACUCCAGAAUCGCUUGGCAGAAGAUGCCAAAGAUGCCAGAUACUACCAAGAGGGGCAGGACGUGGCUCGCUACUAUCAGACACCGCUGCAUCUGCAGGAUCCGUCCGAUCGACGUACACGCCCCAAAUUUAUUCCGCAUUGGUACCUUCAGCCGUAUUUCCGCCCGCCAUUGAAUCCUCCAAAGCCCAAAGAUGAGGCAAAGCCCUCUCAUCCGGCGCCUACCGAGCCUUCGGAGGACCACAGCGCAAAGCGCGCCAAAAUCGAGUAG